UUUAACUAUUCCUUCUUUUACCUCUCUUGAACAAUUAGAAUUAUACUUUUCCCAAAGAAGAAGAAGACGAACAACAACAAAAAAGAAAAAAAAAAACUAGGAAGAAUAUUCAUAAACAUUGUUUUUUAUUUUUGAAAAUGAAUUUCUCAAAACUCAACGACUCACCCAUGUUCCGGCAACAGCUCCAGUGCAUGGAAGAAAGUUCAGAAUCGUUACGCUCGAGAUGUUUCAAGUUCUACAAAGGAUGUCGAAAGUACACGGAAGGGCUUGGAGAGGCAUAUGAUGGAGACAUUGCAUUUGCAAGUGCCCUUGAAAGUUUUGGAGGAGGGCAUAGUGAUCCUUUAUUUGUAACUUUGGGAGGACCUGUUAUGACCAAAUUUUCUAUUGCUUUAAGAGAAAUCAGUACAUACAAGGAACUUCUUCGGUCACAGGCGGAGCACGUGCUGAAUGAUCGGUUACUAAACAUGCUAAACGUCGAUAUGUUAGAUGUUAAGGAAGCUCGAAGGCGUUUUGAGAAAGCUUCCCUUGUAUAUGAUCAGGCACGUGAGAAGUUUAUGUCAUUGAGAAAAAGCACUAGGAUGGAUAUUGCCACUGUUGUAGAAGAGGAAUUGCACAAUGCAAGAAGCUCAUUUGAGGAAGCUCGUUUCAAUCUGGUUAGUGCUCUUCAUAAUGUUGAGGCCAAGAAGAGAUUUGAGUUUUUGGAGGCUGUCACUGGAGUUAUGGAUGCUCAUCUUCGGUAUUAUCGUCAGGGAUAUCAGCUAUUACAUGAGCUGGAGCCUUUUAUUAUUGAGGUUUUGGCUUAUACACAAAAAGCAAGAGAAAGUUACAAUGACGAGCAGAUUAGUCUUUGUGAAAGAAUGUUGGAGUACAAAAAACACGUUCAUCAUGAAAGCAUGUUGUCCUUGAAUGGCCCUUAUAUCUCUCCCCGUGGUGAUGGGAAUCCAGUGCAGCCUUUUUCUAGGAUAUCAAAUACAGUGGCAGAUGCUGUAACAGAAUCUGCUGAAAAUGGAAAGGUUCAAAUCCUUCGCCAAGGAUAUCUCUCUAAACGAUCCUCAAAUUUGAGGGGUGACUGGAAGAGAAGGUAUUUUGUUCUUGAUAGCCGCGGAAUGCUUUACUACUUUAGGAAACCAUGGAACGGAUUACAUCAGAGUAGCAAUCAAGCAUCUGUACACAGAAAUUGUGCCGCUGAUAAUAGUGCUGGAAUUUUGAGUCGCCUGCUUUCUUCACAUAACCAUGGACUUCUGCUCCCUGAUGAAAAAUCUGUAGCACGUCAUACAGUGAACCUGCUCACAUCAACAAUCAAGACUGAUGCUGAACAGACUGAUUUAAGGUUCUGUUUCAGGAUUAUUUCACCAGCAAAGAGUUAUACGUUGCAGGCAGAAAAUGCCGUUGACCAGAUGGAUUGGAUGGAAAAGAUAACUGGCGUAAUUGCCUCCUUAUUAAGUGCACAGACACUGACAGAUGACUCAGAAAGUGGUUAUUGUUACUCUGCGAGCAACCUUUAUUUGUUAAAAGGUCCAGAUGAUGAUCGUUCAGGGAGUGGGGAUUUUAUAAAAAAUGAAAAGCCAAUUGAUGUUCUUAGAAAGGUUGGCGGGAAUGACAAAUGUGCUGAUUGUGGCAAACCUGACCCUGAUUGGGCAUCCUUAAACCUUGGCAUCCUUGUAUGCAUCGAAUGUUCCGGUGUUCACCGUAAUCUUGGUGUACAUUUAUCAAAAGUAAGAUCACUGACACUUGAUGUAAAAAUAUGGGAUUCCUCUGUCUUGACAAUGUUUCAGUCACUGGGGAAUCUCUUUGCAAACUCAGUGUGGGAAGAACUGUUGCAUUCAUCAAGUACUUCCCAAACUGAUGAAACUCUUGAUGGUUCAUCCAAGCCACAGAGAAAGUUAUUUCAUGCGAGAAAACCAUCACAUGACGACCCUAUUUCACUAAAGGAGAGGUUCAUCCAUGCAAAGUAUUCUGCGAAAGUCUUUGUUCGCCAGACACCCAACAACAACCGUCUGCUUUCGACGGCACAACAGGUGGUAGAAAGCAUCAGUGCCAAUGACAAGAAAGCAGUGUACCGGCACAUUAUCAAAUCAGAUGUUGAUGUCAAUGCCAUUAGUAGUGAAGUUAUAUAUGGGUUUUGUACUAGCAUGCCUUCUUCACCUAAUCCAAACAUGUCAUAUGAAAGUAAAACUCAACUAGCUAAGGACAUACAAGAUGGUUCUAGUGUGCUUCACCUGGCAUGCCUAACAAGUGACGCUGCAAUGGUGGAGAUGCUCCUACACUAUGGAGCAGAUGUAAAUGCUAUUGACUCUAAAGGGAGGACACCACUACAUUACUGCAUUAUGAGAGGGAAGACUGCAAAUGCAAGAGUUCUUAUUACAAGGGGGGCCAAUCCCAAUGCCGUAGACAAAGAAGGCAAAACUCCUCAUAAGCUUGCACCAGAACCUGACACUGUUGGCAAAGAUAUUCUUAACAAGCAAAUAGCAUGCCCCCAAGACUCAAUGGAAAAAUGAUUUUUGGAUACUUUGUGUCAAUCUACACCUAAAGAGAUAAAGAGAUAGAAGAGAGAAAAAUGUAAAUGCAAUAGGUGAUAUGAUGUAAAAAAAGAAAAAGAAAGAUUGGAAAAAAAAUGAAGUGUCAAUUAAGUGUUUGUAAGGUUAGAUACAAUACUAUAUGUACUAAUAGUGUUGUUCUUAAAUCAAAAUUAUAGUUUUAUCUGAGUAAUACACAUUGGCAUUUAAUAAAAUUAUUUUAUACACGUAUUACUUAGAUGAAACUUUAAUUUUGAUUAAAGAAGAGUGCUGAUAGCACCUAUGGUACUGCAUAUAAAUUUUAUCAAAUGAAAAUUCAUGUCUCAGAUUUUUCUCUUGGUCCAGAAAUCAGAAGCCCAAAGGCCCAACCCAGAAGUUUGUUCGUUCAUAGAGAGAGAACUAGCCCAAGGGGCCUGAAGCUUGUGGGUUGUUUUACUGGGCCAUGUUAAUUUUCAACUAAAAAGCCUGAGUUUUGCAACAUUCAAUCUUUUCAAAUUUUUGCAUACAGAGGCUUAAGUUCAUCGUACCGUUAAGGGGGAAAAUGUGGUUUAAGACUUUGGUUUCCCAUUUUAAUCACGUGACGGAAUUGUAGUAGUAUGAGAAUCAAUUACAAAAAACUAUAGAGAAACACGAGACCGUGAAAAAUUCCUGGAUCGUGAUUAUGUCACUGAUUAUGACAGCAUUUUUCAGAUUCAAUGCAUGUGUUUUUUUUUU